AUGGCGGACAUAAUCUUGGAAAGAGUCGUCGAAGAGUGUCAGAGCAUGGUUAACCUCAAAAAGGACACCAGCCUCGUGGAAAAAUUUUCUGCGUCGGUAGCAGUACAUGCGGUUCAUCAGCAGGGCAGCUCUAGGUUCAACGGAAGCCGCAAAAACCCAAGCACGAGUUCAAACAGCAGACGUUCGAAAUCAGCUUACGUCAAGAAGAAUGUAGGAGAGAGCAAGAAGGAAGUGAAUAUUGUUUCCGUCAUAAAUAUCAGCCAGGGGAGAAAUUUUGCCGAGGUCCGGAUGAAUCAUGUUCCGACAGGACUAGAGAUCGACUCAGUAUCGGAUAUUACCAUCAUAUCCGAGCAACUUUGGAAGCAGAUUGGUCAGCCUCCGGGAGUCCAACCCUCCUGCAGAGCUAAAACCGCUUCUGGAGAACCACUGGACCUUAUAUUGGAAUUCUGGUGUGACGCGGAAAUUGGCGGCAUUUCGAAACGAGACAGCGGUUCAUCCUCAAAUGGCGUUCGGGCGCUGCAAUCGCAGUUCCCCAAGGUGUUCACCAGCAACUUGGGUCUAUGCAUCAAAACAAGAGUUCGGCUCACACUGAAAGGGGACCCAAAACCAAUUUUCCGUCCUAAACGUCCCGUGGCAUACAGCGGCAGAAUGCUGUGGAAGACGAAAUUCAGCGUCUACAGAACCUGGGCACCAUUCGAACCUGUCGACCAUUCUGACUGGGCAGUACCAAUCCUGGUUAUGCGCAAAUCAAAUAGCACCGUCCGCAUUUGUGCUGAGUUCUACACCGGGCUCAACUACGCUUUAGAGCCGAACCAGUAUCCAUUACCACUACCUGAGGACAUUUUCGAGAAAAUGGCAGGCUGCAGUUGGUAUAGCCACAUUGAUUUGUCGGACGCAUACCUCCAGGUGGAAGUCGAUCCCAGAGACCAGCAUUUACUCACCAUCAACACGCAUAAGGGAUUGUUUCGCUACACCCGUAUUACCCCGAGCAUCAAGUCAGCGCCGGGGGCAUUUCAACAGUCCCGGAGAUGCGCAAACUACGAUGCAUGUAAGCGCUCGUUCGAUCGAUUCCGUGACAUUCUGCAGUCUCCGCUAGCACUUGCCCACUACAAUCCAAAACUGGGUCUUAUAGCUUCGGCAGACGCUUCACAGCACGGUAUUGGCGCUCGCAUUCCUCAUCAGUUCCCGGACGGAACAGUUAAAGCGAUUUCCUAUGUUUCUCGCAGUCUCACACCAGCAGAGUCCAACUAUAGCCAAAUCGAGGAGGAGGGUCUCGCACUCAUCUUCACCUACGUCAAAACGGAGAGUUUCGGGUACGCAGAUAUUCUAUCUAGGCUGAUCAACACCCAUGUUCGGCCGAAUGAAGAAUACGUCAUUGCAUCGAUCGAGUUGGAGGACUGCAUGCAGAACAUAAUCAAGCAGUCCCUGGAAGAUUUCCCCGUCACCUUCAAGAUGGUCCAAAAUGAAACGCAGUCGGAUUCAAUUCUCAAACAGGUGGCGCUGUACAUACAAUCUGGUUGGCUUUCACACAAGUCCGAUCUCAGCGACCCUCAGCUGCAACAAUACUACCAGCGUAAAGACAGUCUUUCAGUGGUUUCCAACUGCGUGUUGUACGGAGAACGUUCAGUUAUUCCAUCCAAGUUUCGGACCCGUGUCCUCCGUCAACUCCACAAAGGACACCCCGGCGUGGAGCGUAUGAGAUCACGCAGCUCAUUCGUUCAUGCACCGAAUGCUAAGGCAACGAAAACCAGCAGUAAAGUAAUCCUGGAGAGUUGGCCUUCGCCGCAAAAACCAUGGCAACGCGUACAUGCAGAUUAUGCUGGACCUGUGGACGACUUCUACUACCUUAUCGUGGUGGAUGCAUUCAGCAAAUGGCCUGAGGUGAUACCAACCAAGCGAAUCACCACUGAUGCAACGCUCACCAUGUUCAGAGAAAUUUUUGCAACCCACGGUAUGUCACAGACGCUGGUAACUGACAAUGGUCGUCAGUUCAUCAGCGAGUAUUUCGAACGCUAUUGUGAGCAGAACGGCAUACUCCAUCUGAAGACACCGCCAUAUCACCCACAAUCCAACGGUCUUGUUGAACGCUUCGUAGACACGUUCAAGAGGACGUUGAAAAAAAUCACAUCGGGGGAAGAGGCCCUCCGCGAAGCAUGA